UCAUGGCGGACAAUCUCAUGUCGCUGUGUGCUGCAUUAGCAGUUUCAUUUAUAGCGAUUAUUUUAGGUGUACAUGUCACAGAAUUAGAUACAAACUGGUGUCUUCUAGUAGUCGCGGCCGCAUUUGUUGCUGUUUUGAGUCUAUAUAGUUUCAUUGGAUGCCAUCAGGGGAAAACGCGCCAUGUCUGUGUACUUGUCUUGGGUGAUAUUGGACGCAGCCCUCGUAUGCAGUAUCAUGCAAUCUCCCUCAGCAAACACGGAUACAAAGUAUCUUUUGUUGGAUUCCUUGGCACGAAACCCCACGAGGAAGUCAGUGCAAAUGAACACAUUACAAUCAUUCCAAUUUCCGAAGUCAAAGGACUUGGAGUUGGACCCAAGAUUCUGAAAUAUGUCACCAAAGUGGUGUUGCAGUCACUGCAACUUUUCUAUACAUUGCUGAAUCUCGAGGACCACUCCCAUGUCCUCAUGCAGAAUCCUCCUGGGUUGCCAAGCAUUGCUGUGGCUUGGCUGGUGUGUGGUUUGCGUGGAACUAAGUUCAUAAUCGACUGGCACAACUAUGGAUACACUAUAAUGGCUCUCACCCAUGGACAGAAGCAUCCAAUUGUACGGGUUGCUAAAUGGUACGAGAAAUUCUUUGGUAGGUUUUCUAGUCAUAACUUGUGUGUGACCAAGGCCAUGAGAGAGGACCUCCUGAAGAACUGGAAGAUCACGGCAACAACCUUGUACGACAAGCCUCCACUAAUAUUCAAAGAGACUCCACUCGAAAGUCAACACCAGCUUUUCAUGAAGAUGGCCAAGACCUAUCCACAGUUUCAAGCAAGCGAGCCCAUGAGUGAAGACAUGGAGCUGACGGCAUUUACCCAGCGCAGUGAGAGCUCUGGUGCUGUCAGCCCAGUGCAGAAGAGACCUGCCCUGCUACUGAGCAGCACCAGCUGGACAGAGGAUGAAGAUUUCUCAAUUUUGCUGAAGGCCCUUGAGGACUAUGAGGACUUUGUGAAUGAGGGUGAGACCCUCCCAGAACUAGUAUGCGUCAUCACAGGCAAAGGCCCUCAAAAAGAGUACUACAAAAAACUUAUUGAAACCAAGAGUUUCAAGCACAUCAAGAUUUGCACCCCUUGGCUAGAGGCGGAAGACUACCCUCAGUUGCUUGGUUCUGCUGAUCUGGGAGUCUGCCUGCAUAAGUCCUCCAGUGGCCUUGAUCUUCCUAUGAAAGUAGUGGACAUGUUUGGCUGUUGCCUCCCUGUCUGCGCCAUACACUUUCAGUGUUUAGAUGAACUGGUGAAGCAUGAUGAAAAUGGAUUAAUAUUUCAGGAUUCAAAGGAGUUGGCCACACAGUUAAAGUUGCUGCUGUCUGAUUUCACCAGCUGGAAAGGUAAGCUAGGUGUCUUCAGGAGGAACCUGAGGUCCAGCGGGCAGCAGAGAUGGGAUGAGAACUGGGAUAAAACUGUCCUUCCUCUACUGACGGCUAAUAACAGAUGACCAAAACCAGAGACAUUUUAUUUAGGAGGAGACGGUUCAAAAACGUGUCCAUUGAAAUGAAUGGGGACAAUUCAUAACGCCAACAUGGCAUGUGCUUGCACAUCUCCUACCUGUCUGGCAACAACAGCCAACUGCUUGUUGAGCUGCCCACUGUGCGCAGUCAUUGAUUCAAUCAUCGACGCGUAAGCUUUUACGUCAGCUCAAACCAAAUCGGUAUGCCUUCGGAAUAUCUGCUCCCGAACGGUGGCAGAUUAGAUGUGCAACUCACAUUGGGUAGCUACGGUACCCACAUGGGGUUGCCACAGAGUCCGUGCAACUUGAUCCUGUUGGCUGCGAAACAGAAUAUGAUGUUGUGAAGUGCUACACAUGCACAGUUCAAAAUUAGCAGUAAUAAAACAAAUGUUUUAUAGCAUUACUUUGCUAUAUGCGACCAAUCCUAGAUAGCCAUUGUACUCUGGUUUUCAUUGCGAUCCCAACCAUGCGGUUUGUGUAUCGCUCAGUUGUCCCAUUCCUGUUUUUCUCAUUCAUUCUGAGAUGCCCAUGGCUUUACUAUUCUGAAAAUAGUUGCCCUGAGGCAUCGCCAAGAUGGCUGCACAGUGAAAUGACUUAUGGGAAAAUUACUGUCAAAACUGACUACGGGUGGAUUCCAAUAUGCGGACUCCUGUCCUUGACCUCUGCUUGUGGCCUUGCGUUUCGCUGAUGCCCCGCCUCCAUGGAGAGAAUUAAGUUUCCCCGCUGUCAGCCUAGCCACAACAACUUUUGGGGGACUGUUCUUCAUUCACCAUCCCAAUUGCGAAUGAGAAAAUUACAUUAAAAUUGCACUUUUGCAAGAUAUUGAAUUUAACUUUGGUCGCCGCUGACGUCAUCACGAGGCCACCAGCAUGCAAGGGAGGACGGGAGUCCGCAUAUUAGAAUGCACCCAUGAUUGGUGCUCAACAGGAAGAAUAUUGGGUUUCAGGGUUUUGUUGUUUGAGUAUUUCUUUUUUUUUCUAUGACAUUCUAGGCAUUGGGUUUCAGGGUUUUGUUUUUUUGUCCCAGUAAAAUUAGUUGUAUUUUUCUAUGACAUUCCGGAGAUUGUUCUUAAAGAAAACAAUGAAAUAUGUA